GUUACACGAGAUCAGGCUAAAAUGUCCAUUAAAGAAUUACCAGCGACAAAAGGAAACGUGCCAGGGCAGGAUUAUUCCGUAAAUCGACCAGUGUCGUCAAUAUCGUGUCGUACAUCCGAAACUACAGACGCUGAUCCACUGCCAGCGCAUUGGUCCAAAGUUGCCUCCAAAAAACGGCCGGGUCUAUUCUAUUACUUUAACUCUAAAACUAAGCAAAGCUCAUGGCAACAUCCGGCAAUACUGGAGCAGGAGGAAAAAAUUAUUCGUCCCAAGGUAGCCGACAAAGCCCCACCGAAAAAAUCGGCCACGGAAAGGGUAACUCAGCUGAAGAAUGAUACACAGUUUAAGAAGAAAAAUCUGGCCAAAAGUAGGAUGGAAGCCCUGCAGAAGCAACUUGAAACCCAGCGAAAGGAAGAAAGCAAAAAGAAUACCCCAAAGACGGACCAAAAGAUUAUAAAAUAUGUUGAUAAAGCGGUCUCCGAUAAGAAAGUUACUUCGAAUAGAUCUAAGACAAGUAUUUCCAUAGAAUCGACGAAGCAGGCCGUGCCUCGCACCGCUGAAAAGGUAAAUCUUAAAGUUAUUCCAAAAAGCAAAAUCAUUACAAAACAAUCACCGUCGAAGACGGUCACUCAAAAAGCAAGCAAAAUUGAUUCCUUAGUAUCAACACUGCUUUCUGAAAAAACAAGCGAAGCAGCUAAUGGCGUACAAAAGCCUACCGCCUUGUUAAGGCCAUUCAAAAUUCCUAAAAAACAAUCAGUAGAAUCAUCUUUGCAAUCAACAGUUGUUUCACCUAUACCGAACCCACCAAAAAACAAAAGAACUCCCGUUGUCGAUUCAGUUUCAAACAUUGAAUCUAGAGUAGAAACUCCUGCCAAGAAACCACUUGAUUUAAAUGCAAAUUUAGCUACCCGCGGUGCUCUUUCUCCGGGCAUUCCGGCCUGUUCUCCAAGGUUAGCUUCCACGCCAAAAGCUAACCUUCAAUUACAACCAAUUAAAUCGCCAGCAAACAACAGACUCUCACUAAUUCGCGCCCAACUGGCCGAAGAGAUCAGCUUACUACCGUACGAAGAGGAUACGGAAAUGACGGACUUGAGUGGCCUUUCCGAAUUCCCAUCCCAUAUUGCGGAAACGAUGGACUGGGAAGACAUAGCGGAAGAGCAAGCCAUCCGAGAGGUGGUGACGAUCCGACAAACGCUGCCCGCUAAACCCACAAUGGAGACCGAAUCCGCUAUCCCCCAGUUCCGAUUACCGCUGUUCGAUGGCAUUAACUUCCAACGAUUCUUCUUCGUAGUGCUGGACACUAACAUCUUUUUGUCCCACCUGAAGGGACUGGAGGAGAUGCUGUCGUCCUUCCCGGCAGCAGCCGGUCAGCCGAUUUUUCUAGUCCCGUACAUCGUUCUGCAGGAGCUUGACCGUAUCAAGCAUCGCGAGCAGGGCAAACCGCUCAGCGUUGCCGCCACCCACUCGAUACGCUUCCUGAACGAGCGACUCCGAUUGCGUGAUCCCCGUGUUAAAGGUCAGUCGGCGCUGGAAGCGAGCCGACAGUUGAUCGAGAUCAGCAAUCCGGACGAUAAUAUCGUCAACUGCUGUCUGCAGGUGCGCGAGGCGAUUGCUGGCCAUUGCCCAACCACCGAACUGUUACUGUUGUCCAACGAUGUCAACCUGCGGAACAAAAUGUUGGUCAACGGGGUGCAGGCGUUCUCGCACGCAGAACUGCUAGCCGAAGCGGAUAAGAUUCGUCUUGCUACGGCGGAGGAUAGUGUGAAGUCGCCGGCCGCGGACGCCACGGACACGCGCAAUGUUAGGUGAUACCGGCGAUUGUACAAAGUGUUUUUAUAUCUAGUGGUA